UCGACGAAAAAGCCAUUUUGAAGCCCGCCAGCUCCACCAUCAACCACCACACCCAACCAUGAAGCGCGCCCUCCUCUCCGCCGCUCUCUUAGCCACCACCUUCGCCGUCCCUUCCGUAACCCCUGUCCCCGUCAUCUAUCCAGGGACCUGCACCAUGUGGCCCAACUGGAUCAACACGCGCGACGCCGACGUCACGGGCCGCAUCAUGUUCGUCGUUUCCUCCGCCGACGACUCCGCCCUCAACGACCUAACCAUCCAACCGCAAACCUCCACUUCCCCCUUAUUCGUGUCCCCAUUCCCCUCCCGCAAGGUCCUCAAAAUGUACUACCGCUGCAUCAACGGUGUGCCCAACAUCAGUCUUUCGUCCAGCAACGUUACUAUCGCGCGAGAUAUGGCGAAUGCGCACUUACUCGUCGAUGCCGCGCCGGGGAAGGCGUAUAAGCCGGAGCUGUAUUACCAUGAGGUUGGUGGUGUGAGGCAGGAGGGCGUGUUUUUAGGCGCGUUGAAUCAGACGACGUGGGGGUUUCGGUAUCAGCAGGUCAGCUGUGGGGCGGAUGGGAGGGUGGGCGAGAGAGAGGGGUAUGAGGUUAAGCUUUUGGGGCUGCCGGUUGAUGAGGUGAAUCCGCCGACGGCGCAGUAUCCGCCGGAUUUUGAGGGGUUUGUCAAGGUGAUUGGGUGGUAGUUAGGUGGGAUGGGGAGUGUAGGAAAGGAGGGAGAUUAAGUCCGAUUGAUCAUAUGUGACGUUGCCUUCAUUUCUGAGACUCACUGCCAUUUUACG